AAUAGGCGCCCGCGAAACAACAAGAGGUGGCCACGUCACUUCCGCCUGGGCACUUUUCAUGCAUGUGUAUCGAAAAGACAACAACAAAAAGAAUACAAGCCUGCCUAAAAAUGUUUGCACGCAAAUCGAUGACCCUUAAAAGUCACGUGCUGCUCCUUUGCCUUGUGCUAGGGACUCUGCGGACCUCCUGCAAGGCGCAGUUCCUGGGGGACGAAACCAAACAGGUCUCUGGUACAGCAGGUAAAGGGGGCGGGGCCUUCUACGCCCUGAGAAGCUGCCACCGGCGUCUGGGAGGCGACAGCGGCGACUUCUUCUCUCCCGACUACCUUUGCGCCAACCCACCCCUGUGGUGUAACUGGACCAUCCAAGCCCCCGAUGGCAAGCGGGUCUACUUGCACCUCCAGGACCUGACCCCCAAUGAGGACUGUCACCUAAAGCAGGAUCAAAUCCACGUGGAUGAGCCCGUCCAACCUUCGUCCGGAACCUCCGCGGGUCACCCUGUCCUGCGGGGGUGCUGGCGCGAGGCCACGUACGCGUCACUGUCCGACACCCUGCGCGUGGUCCUGCUGAUUGGCGGCUGGCCCGCUCAGCAGUACCGGGGAUUCUACGCACGCUACCGCACCUUCGGACCCCCCGUGGCCUACCACCCAUCAGAUGGCACCUCCGGGCCGGACGGGAACUGGGACCUUGAGGACUGGGAAGAGUUUGGACCGACGAUAGAGGGGGAGCGCGAGCGGCGUCCCACGGCGACCGCUGACGUGUUCCCCCUGUUUGAUUCUUCUAACAUUGCCGACGCUCCCGAGUCACCACACGGAACGUCCCGUCUGGAACGAGGCGCCCCCCGAAUCCUCUCGGACCCAUCUGACCCCACGGGACCAGCACACGAGCAAGUGAACCAACUCCCCGGGGGCUUCCUUCCCACCGUGAGCCCCAACGCUGGACCUAAUCUGCCAGAAAAUCAAAACCAGCCAACGGAAGCAGGUCAAAACAAGAUGGUCACAAAUACGUCCUCAUCCUCCGGGGAACUUUCGGAUCGCAGAGGGACACUCAACAUCUGGAACUCUUCUCAAGCUCUACAUCAGCCCGGCGAUCAGCUGUUUGAAGUGUCGGUGGAGGUCCAACUCAAUCAGGAGCACAAGCGCAACCAGCAUCAUCUGGACGGGUCACUGAUCAAGUCUGUCAGGGCUCUGGUCCUCCAACAUCUGGACGGGCUUCACAUCCCCAUCAGCUUGUCCUUCAAAAGAAUUAAAAGGCUCCGAGCGGGAGAACUUUACAUCAUGUGGCUGAGCCUGGGUAGUGGGCGGAGUCACGCCUUCUCCGGCAUCCACCAGAACCUCCACAAGAUGGUCGGCAGCAGCGUCGGCCCAGUUGGGAGCCCGCAUCACAGCGUGGUCGCUUCGGUCUCCAUUGGAGACGUCAAUGAAUGCGGGACCCAAUUGGCGCUGUGCGGCGUCAACGCCGACUGCUUGGAUCAGUUUGGCUCGUACAGGUGCCGCUGCAAAGACGGCUUCCGGGACGAGUCCAAUUUGGGACCCGUGGGCACCGUGUGUGUGGACCGCAAGCCCGCAGGCUGCAGUCGUGGGCUGUCGGGCGAGACCAAAGGCGUGUACGUGCUGUUCUUCCUACUCAGCUUCCUGCUGCUGAUGUCGGUGGCGGUGGCGUGCGCGCUCUACAGCCGCCGCCAUUGCGGUACCUUCCUGCCCAAAGGCCAGACGCCCGAUUCGGCUGGCCGCUAUCCGGACGAUGACCACGCUUACGCCGCCGCUGCCUCGGACCUGCCGCCGCCUCCGCCGCCCGCCAGGGGGCCACGCGACGCUUGGCCCAAUCACAAGGAGCGAUGCGCGGCCGUGGAUCUUCCGCUGCUCCGUUUCAGCCCGCUGACGCCGUCUGACGUCUACACUGACUCUCAGGAAGGCGGCAAGAAGUGAUGAGGACCUGUUUCUUUUUUCUUUUUUUUUCUCCUCCACUGUUUGUGAUGAUGUACUCGCACUAAAAACAACUGCAACAUCCUUGACUUUGAUUUGGCUCUGAGCUGCAAACUUCAAAUGUUUUCUUCCCUCAGUCAAAUUUGAUGGUGGGAAUGUUAUUUUUCGGUUCAUAUGACUUUAACCAGUAGGUGUCGGUAAUGCGCGUUGAAGCUGGUGCCACCUUGCCGUAAAACAAAACGAAGAAGGAAAUGACGUCACUUCCCGUUCACGAACGAGGCAAUGAGUGAAGUGCCUUCCUUCCUUCCCGUGCGUGCAUCAACGGAUCAGUCAGUGAACGUGUUGCGUCGUCUCCCUCCUGGCGUCAACUAUGGAAGCCAGAAUGGCGAUUGACGAUUGGCCAAGAAAAGAAAGAAACAAUCCAACAAAUACAAAAUGAAAACAUCAAUGUCUGCAUAACGUGUGUCGGCUGGCAUAGCAGCAAUGCUGUCUGUCACCCACUCGUGAAUCUUGGCCAACGAACAUGAAAAUGGUGGUGUACCUAAUAGAGUGUCCGAGUCACGUCACGGAUGUUAAAUAUAGAAAACCAACUGGCUGAUUGAUUUGUUUUAAUUGAGAGGGAAAAAAAACAGCAAAAGCAUUUCACUAGCUGACCAGGAGAUGGCGACAGCGUGGCAUCUGAAGACCAUGGAUUGUUUGUUCUGCUAUAGCCUAGGUGACUGAUUCACAAUUUGGUUUUGUCUGAUAAUAGAUAUUAAAUAAAGAAAACCAA